AUGCCUUUUCAAAAACCACUUGGUGAAAGAGUUGGAAAUCAUGAAGCGCCACAUUUUAUUAGACCACUUAUAGAUAAACGGGUAAUUGUUGGGCAAAAAGUUCAUUUAGAUUGUGAAAUUAAAGGUCACCCAUGUCCUGUUAUUAAGUGGCUUAAAGAUGGGCAAAAUGUUACAAAUUGUCCAGAUUAUGAAUUAUCACAAGAUGGAGAUCAUUUUAGGCUUUUUAUUAAAUCAGCACAAUUUGCUGACUGUGGAAGAUUUACUGUUCAGGCAAUGAAUGCAGCAGGAAUAAGGCAAUCAACAUGUAUGCUUAUUGUAGCUCCUGCUCCAACUCCAGUACCUGGAGCAGCAUUUUCUAUGACAAAUUCUCCAGCACCACCACAAACACCUGUUGGAUGUUGUGCUCCUAUAUUUUUAAAAGAACCACAACAUCAACCAUUAAAAAUAGGUGGUGUUGCAGUUAUUGAAGCUAGAAUUGUAGGAAAUCCACAACCACAAAUAUAUUGGUAUAAAGAUGAUAAGCCACUUAAUAAUUAUAGAAUUAAAACUGAUUAUGAUGCAACAACUGGAAUAUGUUUAUUAACAAUUCCACAAAUGUUUGAUGAAGAUGUUGGAAAAUAUACUUGUAAAGCAGUAAAUAAUAUAUCAGAAGUUUCAAUAUCAGUAAAUAUUUUACCAAAAGAAUUAUAUGAAAAGUGGUUUAAGGAUGAACAAUUAGAAGUUACUAAAGAAAGAAAACAACGUUUGAUGGCACAAAUUCAACCAAAAAAAGGGCCAUCAACACCUAUACGACAACAAUUAUUACAAAAACAACAUCAAAUAAAUCAAUCACCAUUAUUAUAUUCAGAUACUGAUGGAGCAAAUGGAAGUAAUGGAAUAAUUUCAGAAUCUGAACCAGAAUUAGAUUUUUCUCAUACAAUAGUACAAUCAACAGCUCCAAUUAUAAAAACAAAUUUAAGAGGAUUACGAUUAACUGAGGGUACAGAUGCAAUUUUACAAUGUAAUAUAAUUGGUAAUCCAAAACCAAUAGUAAAUUGGUAUAUAAAUGGUCAACCUAUUAAUCUAACUGAAUCGGCCAGGAUUCAGACAUCUUAUAAAGGAUCAUUAGCAAUUUUAAAAAUUUCUAUGGUUACUUUAGAAGAUAAUGGAGAUUAUACUGUUGUAGCUGAUAAUAUAAAAGGCCAAGCUCAGUCAUCAGCACGAAUUGAAGUUUACCCACUUAACGUUCCAUCGCCUACUAUUUUAAACGACCAAGCACAACGUCAACAAAAAAAUUUUUGUUCUGUAGAAAAUUAUAAUAGGAGAAUAUACAAUCAACCAGUAAAUGGUGAAAUUGUACAACCUCAACCAAAAUAUACAUUCGAAGGAUUUGUUAAUAAUCAAGAAUAUCAGGAUUACAUUGAUCAUUACAUUUAUAUUAUUUCUUUAAGCGGUAAAGAACAACAAUUUUUUUAUUCACAAAGCCCUAAUACUAUAAAAAAAGAAAAUUAUCAUUUAGAAACAUCAAAACGUUUUGAAAGUCCUAUACAAGGAUUUCAACGUGAUAAUUCAAAUUAUAUAGGAAGACAAAAUCAAGGGCCCCAAUUUCAAGAUUCAUCAACAUAUAAUUUUGUUGAUAAUCAAACAUACCAACAACCAAUUAAAAAUACAUUAUUUUACCAACAAAAUAAACAACAAGCUUAUUUUUCACCAUCAAAAUAUUUAGAAGAAACAAAAAAUUUAGCCCAUACCCAACAAAAUCAAUUAAAUACUAAUUUUUCUAAUAAUUUUUAUUCACAAACCUCACCAUCAUACUAUUCUGAUAUUUCAUUUCAAAGAAAUUCCCCUAUAUUAUCAAGGAAUAGUUAUAAUAAUAUUAAUAGACCAAUUUCACCAUAUUAUUCUAAAAGUACCACAUCAUACAUUGAAUAUAAUACUAAUCUUGACAAUAUGGCACCUGGAUUAAAUGUUCAUAACACAAAAAAUAAAUCUUCCUCCCCGGCACCAUUUAUUGUUAAUUCUGCCCCAAUGGCAAAAAGAUUUGACACACCACAUUUUACUGAUAAAUUUUCUUCAAUAACUGUUUCUGAUGGUGAUUAUUUAAAAUUAAGUUGUAAAGCUACUGGAAAUGUAACUGAAUUUAGAUGGUUUAGAGAUGGUGCUCCAUUAAAUGAAAGUGACAAUAUUAAGAUAACAAGUAAUGCUGAUGGUGAAAGUGUUCUUGAAAUUAUGAAAGCUAAACUUUCUGAUGGUGGAUGGUAUCAAUGUGAUGCUAUUAAUACUUAUGGAUCAACAUCAAUAAAAGGUAGAAUAGUUGUUCAGACAAGAUUUAAAUUAGAAAAUAGUCAAGCACAAAGAGAAAGAAUUCAAUUAAGAAAGGUUCCUGGAAGGGGUAUUCAAAGAAAUGCCACUGAAAGUACAGUAACAUCUAAAGAACCACCAAAAAUUGAGAUUGCUAAUAAAAAUUUUAAUCUUAAAGAAGGACAAUCAGUUAUUUUUGAUUGUAAAAUUUCACCUGCUGAUGAUCCAAAUUUAAAAAUUGCUUGGUUACAUAAUGGUAAACCAAUAUCUGCAUCAUCAAGAAUUACCAAUGUUAAUGAAUUUGGGCAUGCAUUACUUGAAAUUUCUUCUGUCCUUCCUUCUGAUACAGGUGAAUAUACUGUUAUUGCUGUCAAUCCAAUAGGAGAAUUUAAGGAAACCUUUAAAUUAGAUGUUACAUCAUUUAGAAGUCCUUCAGUUAUGUCAAAUAAUCAAUCAUUAAAUAUUGGUGGUGGUAUGCAAUAUGGUACCACCUCACCAGCCCUUUCAAAUGCAUCAUUUGGUGGUGAUAAACCAAAUUUUCAUUCUGAAUUACGUUCACAGGAAAUUUUUGUUGGACAAAAUAUUAAUUUUGAAGUUAAAUUGACACCAUUUAAUGAUCCAACAAUGAAUAUACAAUGGUAUUUUAAUGGAAAUAAACUUUCAUUAUCAAGUAACAUUACACAGGCAUUUUCAGGAGGAUUUGCUAUAUUAAAUAUUAAAAAUGUAGAUGAAAAAAAUAGUGGUGUUUAUACAUGUAGAGCUACAAAUGAAUUUGGUGUAGCUGAAACUAGUGGUACAAUUAUUGUUCAUGAAAAAAAUCCAAUUCUUGAAUAUAAUAGUAAUUUUGAUGUAGAAGAUAUUAGAGAAAUGACAUAUUCUAAUGCUAUUAAAUCUCAAGCACCUAAAUUUAUAACACCUCUUAAAGAUUGUGAAUGUUCUCAGGAAUUGGGAAGAUCAUAUUUUGAGGGACGUUAUGAACCUGUUAAUGAUAGUACAUUAAGAAUUGUAUGGUUAAAAGAUGGUAGACCAAUCCAAAAUGCCAAUAGAAUACAAUAUAAAUUUAAUUUUGGUGUAGCAUCAUUAACUAUUCAUCCUACUUAUCCAGAAGAUGCUGGAGUAUAUACAUGUGUAUUACAUAAUGUUCAUGGUCAAACACAAUCACAAGCUACAUUAAAAACACAUACAAUUGAGUCAUUACAAUUAGAUUCUAAACAUCAAGAAUCACUUGCUCAAAUUGGAUAUCUUGAUGCAUAUCAAGUACAUAUUGGACCUAUUCCUGUUGAAAGACCAGAAGAAGUUCAAUCAUUAGAAAUGCCUAAAUUUGUUAGACCAUUAGAAGGAAAAAUUGAAGCUAAUGAGAAUGAUCCUGUUCAUUUUGAGGCACGUAUUGUUCCACCAUCUGAUGUUAAAAUGAAAGUUGAUUGGUUUUUUAAUGAUAAACCACUUUCAGCAGCACAUAGAUAUAAAACAAUGUUUGAUUUUGGUUAUAUUGCUUUAGAUAUUCUUUAUGUAUAUCCUGAAGAUUCUGGUAUUUAUAAAUGUGUAGCUAGUAAUGAUUUAGGAUCAGUUGAAUCAUCUAUAGAAUUAAAUGUAACAAAAAAAGGAAGUUUAUAUUUAGAAGCACAACAUCCAGAAGGUUUAGAAAAAAUUAAAGAAUUAGAAGCACCUAAAGAACGUAAAUUAUAUGAAAUACCUGAUGGUGAAUGUCAAGGUCCACCAACAUUAUUAGGAGAAAUUGAUGAUGGUCAAAAAAUUGAUAAAAAUGAACAUGAAAAUAUAGUUGUUGUUUAUAAAUUAUCACCAUUAAAUGAUCCAACUUCAAAAAUUGAAUGGACACAUAAUGGUAUACCAUUACUUGCAGCAAAUAGAAUAAAAAUGACAAAUGAAUUGGGUAUUGUUGGACUUUCAAUGAGUGAACUUAUUUCAGAGGAUAGUGGUGAAUAUGUUGUUAAGGUAAAAAAUCAACAAGGUGAAUGUUCUAAGAAAUUUAUUAUUAAUGUUAAUCCUGAUGUUGUAAUAAAAACAGAUACUCAUCAUGAAGAAUCAUUACCAAAAAUUGAAUAUAUUGAAAAUCUUAAUAAAUAUGGAAAAGAAGAAAUUGCAGAUAUUAUUAUUAAUGAUGCACCUGUUUUUAUACAACCAUUACCUGCUGAUAUUGGUGAAAUAGAGGAAGGAUUACCUAUUCAUAUUGAGGCAAAAAUUGAACCAGUUGGAGAUAAUUCUAUGAAAAUUAUAUGGCUUAAAGAUGAUAAACCAUUACCAUCAGCACAUAGAUAUCGUACAUUCCAUGAUUUUGGAUUUGUAUCACUUGAUAUUCUUCAUGUAUACAGUUAUGAUACUGGUACCUAUACAUGUUUAGCUGUUAAUAAAAAUGGUGAAGCAAGAUCAAGUACCAAAUUCUUUGUUCAACCAAAAAAUAGCAUCAUUUCAACUACUCAUCAUCCAACAUCUGUUGAAAAGAUUGCAGAACUUGAAGCACCAAAACCAAUAAUUCCAGAUGCACCAGAACCAGAAAAACAACCUCCACAAUUUAUAAAACCUUUAUCAACUGGAGAUGGUGGACCAUUAAUAGCUUCUGAGGGUGAUAAUGUAUAUUUAGAAGCUCAAAUAAUACCAACAGAUGAUAAUAGUAUCACUUAUGAAUGGUAUCUUAAUGAUAAACCAUUAAAGAAUGGUCAUAGAUUUGUUAUUUCACAUGAUUUUGGAUUUGUUGCUUUAAAUAUUUUAUAUAUUUAUCCAGAAGAUUCUGGUACAUAUACAUUAGUUGUACGUAAUCCAGCUGGUGAAGCAAAAAGUAGUAUUGAUAUUAAAUGUAACAGUGGUGAACAUAUGUUAACUGAUACUUUCCAUCCAACAUCAAUUGCUAGAAUUGCAGCAUUAGAGGCUCCAAGACCAGAACCUUCAGAAAGAGAGGAUGAAGAAAAGGUUUGCCCACAAAUUACAGUUGCAUUACCUCCAUCAUAUGAUAAUAUUAAAGAAUCACAAACAUUACAUUUAGAAGUACAAUGUUUACCUGUAAAUGAUAAUACACUUAAAGUUGAAUGGUUCCAUAAUGGACAUCCACUUUGUGCAUCAAAUAGAACAAGAUUAACUCAAGAUUUUGGAUAUGUUGCAUUAGAUAUUGGUUAUAUGAGACCAGAAGAUUCAGGUGAAUAUAAAGUUGUUGUGUCUAAUGAUUUAGGAAAAGCUGAAUCAGUAACAAAAAUUAAUGUUGAAAGUCUUGAAUCAUUAAUUUUUGAUACUGCUCAUCCAGAAUCAUUAAGAAGAAUUCAAGAAAUUGAAGCACUUAAACCAGCUAAACCAGAACAAAUAGAAAUUACCCCAGAACCACCUGUAUUUACACAACAAUUACAAGGUCCAACAGAACCAGUAAAAGAAAAUCAAUCUGUACAUAUGGAUUGUAUGAUUCAACCAAUUAAUGAUCCAAAAUUAAAAAUUGAAUGGUAUCAUAACGGAAAUCCAUUAAAAUUCAGUUCCAGAAUUCGUAUGAUACAUGAUUUUGGUUAUGUUGCUUUAGAAUUUUUAAAUAUAUUAACAGAAGAUAGUGGUAUUUAUACAUGUCGUGCUAUUAAUGAUGUUGGUGAAGCAAUCACAGAAUUUGAACUUAAUUGUGUUGGAAGAAGAAAUAUUUAUCUUGAUACACAACAUCAAGAAUCAUGGAAUAAGAUUCAAGAAAUUGAAAAUAGAAAACCUAUCAGAGAACCUACACCUGAUAUGACAUUCCAUCCACCAAUAUUUACACAACAAUUAGAAAAUAUUGAUAAUUUAAUUGAAGGUGAUAGAACAAGAUUAAUAUGUAGACUUCAACCAAUUAAUGAUCCAACAUUAAAAGUUUAUUGGACUAGAGAUGGUAAUCCAUUACCAUCUGGAAAUCGUUUCUUACCAGCAAGAAAUAUUGAUUUAGUUACAUUAGAUAUAAUGACAAUUUAUGGUGAAGAUUCUGGAAAUUAUGUAUGUAAAGCAAUUUCAGAUUGGGGUGAAGCUGAAACAAAUUGUACAGUUCAAUGUCAAGCUACAGAUGCAUUACUUUUAGAUACACAACAUGAAACAUCAUGGCAACAAAUUCAAGAAAUUGAAGCAAGAAGACCAGAUGAACCAUUAUAUGAAGAACCAGUUAUUGUUGCACCAAGAUUUAUUAAUCAACUUUCAUCAGUUAAAAAUACUUAUAAUGAAGGUGAACCAAUACAUAUUGAAGGUUUAAUUGAACCAAUUAAUGAUAAUAAAUUAAAAGUUGAAUGGUACUUUAAUGGUGCUCCAUUAUCAAAUGGACAUAGAUUUAGACCAACACAUGAUUUUGGAUAUGUUGCACUUGACAUUUUAUAUGCAUUCCCAAGUGAUUCUGGAACAUAUACAUGUGUUGCAAGAAAUGCUUUAGGUGAAGCAAAAUCAGAUAUUUCAUUUAAUAUUGGUUCUAAUAAUGUUCUUUUCCUUGAUCCACAACAUCCACAAUCUUGGGAAAAAAUAAAAGAACUUGAGGCAGCAAAACCAGAACAAAUUGAAGAAGCAGAAGUUGUUUUUGAAGCUCCUAAAUUUAUUCAAAAUAUGGAAAAUAUUGAAAGAUAUGAGGGACAACCUGUUCAUUUUGAAACAAGAGUUACACCAAUUAAUGAUCCUAAAUUAACAAUUCAAUGGUAUAAAGAUGGUCAUCCACUUGGUGAUUCAAAUAGAUUUGUUCAUGCAAAUGUUUUUGGUUUUGUUGCUUUAGAUAUUCUUCAUACAAAAUUAGUUGAUAUUGGAGAAUAUACAGUUGUUGCUAGAAAUGAUAAAGGUGAAGCAUCUACAAAAGUUUUAUUAAAUAUUCUUUCACGUGAUUCUAUUAUAACAUCAACAGAACAUGAAGCUAGUUGGGCUAAAAUUCAACAAUUAGAAGCACCUAAAGAAAAAGAUGAUGCAAUUAUGGAUAUUUCAUAUGGUCCACCUAAAUUUACAACUCAAUUAAAUUCUAUUACUAAUUUAAUUGAAGGACAACCAGCACAUUUAGAAGCAACAUAUGAACCAAUAUCUGAUCCUAAUAUAAAAUUACAAUGGUAUCAUAAUGGAAGACCAUUAGCACAUACAAAUAGAAUGUCAAUGAAAAAUGAUUUUGGAUUAUGUACAUUAGAUAUUCAUUAUAUUUUCCCACAAGAUAUUGGUGAUUAUAAGGUAGUUGUUAUGAAUAAUGAAGGUCAAGAUACAACAAAUGGAAGAUUAGAUAUUGAAAAAAGAUUACCUAAUAUUCAUGAUGUUCCAUUUAAUGAGAAUUCAUGGGCUAGAAUUCAAGAAAUUGAAGCACCAAAAGCAAUACCUGAACCACCACCACCAGUUGUUUAUCAAAAACCAUCAUUUACUCAACCACUUAAAAGUAUUUCAGGUUUACCAGAAGGUCAAUCAGCAUUUUUCGAAUGUAAUGUUAUUCCUGUAAAUGAUCCAAAUCUUCAAAUUCAAUGGUUCUUUAAUGAUACACCAUUAAAUCAAUCUAAUAGAUAUACAAUGUCAAAUGAUUUUGGAUAUGUUACAUUAAGAAUAUCACCAGUUUAUACACAUGAUGCUGGUGUAUAUUCAUGUAAAGCUAUUAAUAAUGAAGGAAAUGCUAUAACAAAUGCAUCUCUUGAAAUUGUUGGUGAUGAAGUUCUUCAUCUAAAUGCUGUUCAUCCACAAUCAUUAUUAAAAAUUCAACAAUUAGAAGCAAUUGAUAAAAAUCCAACACUUGAAUUACCUGUACAAGAAUUUGGAAAACCAGUAUGGUUAAAAACAUUUGAAAAUGUUGAAUUAGAAAAAGAUGAGGAGGGACAAAUUAUUCAACUUCAUGGUAUUGUUGAACCAGCUAAUGAUCCAAACUUAAAAAUUGAAUGGUUCUUAAAUGGUAUACCACUUCAUAAUGCUAAUAGAUUUAGAAGUGAAAAAGAUUUUGGAUAUGUUACAUUAAAUAUUUUACAUGUAUUACCACAUGAUUCUGGUGUUUAUACAUGUACUGCUACUAAUUUACAAGGAUCAGCAACAACAAGUUCAACAGUUAAAGUUGCUGGUUAUGAAGCAAUUAUGAGAGAUACACAACAUCCUGUUAGUUGGGAAAGAAUUCAAGAAUUAGAAAGACCUAUUAUACCUGAAGAAAUUGAAAUUAUUGAAGUUAAAGAGAAACCACGUUUUGUUAAACCACUUGAAGAUUUUAAUGAUAUUCCUGAAGGUACACCAAUAAGACUUGAAACAUCAUUUACACCAGCAAGAGAUAAUGAUUUACAAAUUGAAUGGGAAUGUAAUGGUAAACCAAUUCAAGCAUCACAAUUAUUAUUUAUUAGAAAAGAAUUAGGAUGGUCAUGUCUUGAUAUUAAUGGUGUUAAUCCAGAUCAUAAUGGUGUAUAUACAGUUAAAAUAAAAAAUAGUGAAGGUGAUGCAGCAUGUAGUUGUAGUGUUAAAGUUCUUGGUGUUGGUACAAUCUUAGGAAAUACAACACAUGAAGCUAGUUGGAAGAGAAUUCAAGAAAUUGAAGCACCAAAAGAAAAAACACCAGAACCACCACCACCAGAAUAUGAUGCACCAGCAAUUACUACACAAUUAACAGAUGUUGAAUGUGAUGAAGGAGAUGGUGUUAGUUUCUUUGCAAAUUAUACACCAACAGAUGAUCCAACAUUAGAAAUAGAAUGGAUUAGAAAUGGUGCUCCAUUAAGACAUGGAAAUAAAUAUUAUAUGCAAAAAGAUUUUGGUGUUUGUCAAUUAGAAAUUGGAUUUGCUUUUCCAGAAGAUGAAGGUGUAUAUAGUUUACGAGUAUUUAAUAAAAAAGGUGAAGCUGUUACUACUGCUACACUUAAAUGUCAUCCAAAAGAUGCUUUAUUACUUGAUACACAACAUGAAGCUUCAUGGAAAAGAAUUCAAGAAAUUGAGGCACCAAAACCACCAAUGGAAGAAAUGCCACCACCACCAAAAGUUCAACCUAAAUUUACAUCACCAUUAAAGGUUAUAUCUGAUUUAGUUGAAGGACAACCAGCACAUUUUGAAACAACUGUUGAACCUGUUGAUGAUCCAGAUAUGGUUAUUGAAUGGUAUCUUAAUAAUGCACCAUUCCCAAGUAGUAGUAGAUGUAAAAUGAUUAAUGAUUUUGGAUGGGUUAUUUUAAAUAUUAAUUCUACAGUUCCUCGUGAUUCAGGUGAAUGGGUAUGUGUUGCAAGAAAUAGUGUUGGUGAAGCUAGAAUUUCUGGUUCAUUAAAUGUAACUGGAAAAGAAAGUAUUCUUAAAGAUUCAUUACAACCAAAUUCAUUAGCUAGAAUUGAAGAAAUUGAAGCACCAAAAUUAAAGGGAGAAGAAGCACCAGCUUUAGUUUAUGAUGCUCCAACCAUUGUAUGUAAUCUUCAACCACAAGAAAACUUACAAGAAGGUGAUGGAGCUCAUUUGAUUGCUGAGUAUACUCCAUUAGAAGAUCCAAAAUUAAGAGUUGAAUGGCUUAAAGAUGGUCAUUUACUUGGACAUUCUAAUAGACAUAAAAUGAUAAAUGAUUUUGGAUUUGCUGUUCUUGAUAUUCUUUAUCUUCUUGCACAUGAUUCUGGAGAGUAUACUUUACGUGUAUAUAAUGAUGCUGGUGAAGCUAAAUCAAGUGUUAAACUUAAUAUUGAAGCAAAACCAGGUUUAAUAUUAAAUCCACAAGAUGAAAAUAAAGCUAAAGCUGUACAAAUUAUUGAAGAUUUAAGAAAUAGAAAACCAGAAGAAAUAGAAGAUGUUAAAGAAGAUAAAGUUCCAGUAUUUGUUGAACCAUUAUCUGCACCAAUAUCAUGUUCUCAAGGAGAAACAGUUCACUUUAAAUGUAGAUAUGAACCUAAAGAUGAUAAUAAACUUCAAGUUCAAUGGUACUUAAAUGGUAAACCAUUAAAACUUGGAUCAAGAGUUAAAACAAUAAGUGAUUUUGGAUUUGCUGUUUUAGAAAUUAAUCCUGUAUAUCCCGAAGACUCAGGUGAAUAUGUUUGUAAGGCUUUCAAUAAGGCUGGAGAGGCUGUUACAAGUACAACUUUGACAUGUGAUGGAAAAGAAACUAUUAUUAGACAUUCUCAAUUACCAGACAGAAUGGCUGGAGCUCAGGUAAAGAUAGAUGAAAUUGAAAAUAGAAAGAAAGCUGAAAUUGAAGAACCAGAAAUUGAACAUGGUCCACCUAAAUUUGUAACACCAUUAUCAUCUCCAAAAGAAACAUUAAAAGAAGGUGAUUCAAUAUUAUUGGAGACAAAUGUUACACCAGUUGCUGAUCCAAACUUAUUUAUUGAGUGGUUCCAUAAUGGUGUACCUGUAAGAAAUACAGCUAGAAUGAGAUGUCUUCAUGACUUUGGUCAUGUUAUUCUUAAUAUUACACCAGCUGAACCACAAGAUAAUGGUACAUGGUUAUGUAAAGCAAGAAAUCGUUAUGGUGAAGCAGAAAUUUCAACAGAAAUAAAUGUUGAAGGUGAUUCUGGUGUUGUAACACAAUCUACUGCUCCAGGAGCUAGACAAGAAAAAAUUAAUGAAUUAGAAGAUUACAUUCAUAGACCAAAACCAGAAUUAGAAGAAGCAGUUGUAAAUUAUGGACCACCUAAAUUUACUGAACCAUUACCAGGAGAUCUUGGUACAUUUAAUGAAGCUGAUGCAACAACACUUAUGUGUGUAUUAGAACCAGUUGGUGAUCCUACUAUGAAAAUAGAAUGGUUCCAUAAUGGUCAUAAUAUUCCAUAUUCUAAUAGAAUUCAUCUUAUGAAUGAUUUUGGAGUUGUCAGUUUAAUGUUUGCACAUCUUAUUUCACUUGAUAGUGGUGAAUAUAAAAUAGUUGCCACAAAUUCUAAAGGUUCAGCUGAAACUACAACUAAAAUAAAUGUUGAAUCAUUAAUUGAAAUUGAAGAACCACAAAUUGUUCAACCUUUAGUUCCUUCUAUUACUGCAAAUGAAUCUGAAGCUAUUCAUUUUGAAGCUAGAAUUACACCAAUCAAUGAUCCAACAUUAAAAAUUGAAUGGUUUAAAGAUGGUAAACCAUUAGUUAAUGCUAAUAGACAUCAAAUAGUUAGUGAAUUUGGAUUUGUAACAUUAGAUAUUUUAUAUGCUUAUCCUGAAGAUACUGGUGAGUAUGAAUUAAAAGUUACUAAUGCAAAAGGAGAAGCUACCACUAAAAGUAAAAUUUCUGUUGCUGGAAGUGAAAAUAUUAUUUAUGCACCUCAAGCAAGUAACUUCUCACUUAAUAAUAUUGAAAGACACCUUCGACAACAUACUGAUGCACCAUUAGUACUUAAAGAGGAGGAUGCAUAUGAUUAUGCUAAUCAAAAAGCUCCUGAAUUUAAAACUAAACUUAAUAAUAUUGGUUGUGAAGAAGGUGACUUUGCUAGAUUUGAAUGUCAAAUAGCACCAAUAAAUGAUCCAUACAUGAAAGUUGAAUGGUAUAAAGAUAAACAACCAGUUUUAAUUGGAAAUAGAUUAAGAAAUACAUUAGAUUUUGGUUAUGCUGCACUUGAUCUUUUAUAUGCUCUUCCAGAUGAUACUGGUGAGUAUCAUUGUGUUGCUACAAAUAAAUAUGGUCAAAGUAUGAUCUCUGGACAUUUAGCAUGUUCAGGAAAGAGAGCUGUUAUUACAGAUAGACAAUUACCUCAAGGACUUAAUGUUAAACAUAUUACUAAAAAUCAAGAAAAAUUAUACUUUAAUGAAGAUACCCCACAAGGUCCAAAUGAAAAUUCACCACCACAAUUUACUAUUAAACCAAGAACAAUUCAAGUUACAGAAUUUGAACCAGCAAGAUUUGAAUGUGCUGUUACUGGAUAUCCAAGACCUAAAGUUACUUGGUAUGUCAAUGGACAACAGGCACUUCAUGGAUUACGUUAUAAAUUAAAUUAUGAUGGUGUUCAUUAUCUUGUUAUAAAUAGUACAAAAAUAUCUGAUGCUGGAGAGAUUGUAGCUAUUGCUAAAAAUCCACAAGGUGAAGUUUUGGCAUCAUGUAAUUUGGAUGUCUUCCAACGCAAUGACUUUAGACAACAUAAAUUAAAGAAUGCAACAUUAAAGAGUAAUCAAGAAAUAGAAGAACAAAGAAAUAUAUGGCAAAAGGAGACACUUGGUAAACUUGGGGAAGCCUUUGAGAAAGCACCAAAAGCUGAUCCUAAGAAAUUAUUAGUAGUAGAAAAAUCUAAAUGUCCAUUUGAACAACUUGAGACUGAUGAACUUAUUUCUAAAUUUACCAAAGCAAAGAAUGAUGAAUUUUAUGAUAAACUUUCAUAUGUCGAAGCACAAAAAGGACAAUUUGAAGGUAUGAAAUUAGAAGAUGUUAAACUUAAACCAGGACAAGUUAAUAAAUUUGAAGCUAAACAAGAAGAAUUACCAAAAGUUAACCUUAAGAAUGUUAAAAAGGCUCCUGUUGAAGAUGACAAACAAAAUAAGUUUAAACUUGCAAAACCAGAAUGGACAGAUGGAUGGUCUGGACUUGGAAAGAAAGAUGUUGAAUCUAAAUUUAAGCGUGUUCCAACACCACCUCCAGAGGUUGAUGUACCAGCAAGAGAUCAAGUUAAAUUGAAAACUGCUAAACCAAAGAGAGCUGCAGAAUUACCUGAAAAUACACCAAUUGUUAUUGAUGAAACAAAAGCUAAGUUAGCUUCAGUAAAACAAAAAGCACCAAUUGUAAAAGAAAAAAUAAUUCCUCAUAAAGAUCAAGUACCAUUAAAAACAAAAUAUCAACCAAACUUAGUUAAAGAAAAUGAACAUGUUGUAGUUGAAAGUAAAGAUUUAAAACAAAUUAAUGUUAAAGAAAAAGAAGCUUUUGAAAAAACUACAGUUCCAAAUAAGAGUACUCUUACUUAUCAGUCAUAUCGUGAACAAAAGACACAUGUUGAUAAUCCUACUGUUGUUUGUGUUGAGUCAGAAACAUUUGAAGUAUCUUCAGUACAACGUACUGAAUUUGUUUAUAGUCCUAGAAGUCGAGAAAAAGUUGUUGGUUUUACAAUGUCACGUCCUCAACCAACGAAACUUACUCAAUCUCAAAAAUCACCUCCAACAUUUACACAACAACUUAAACCUGUUCAAGCUGAGCUUGCAAAAUCAGCACAAUUUAGUUGUGAAUUUGAAGGUGAUCAACCAAUUACAGUUGUUUGGCUUCAUAACAACCGUGAAUUAAAACCAUCAUUUGAAACACAAAUUAGAACUGUUGGUAAAAAAUCAACAUUAGAGUUAGGAAAACUUAAAGAAUCUCAUGCAGGAGAGUAUGCCUGUCGUAUUUCAAAUGUAGCUGGUAAAUGUGAAAGUUUAGCCAGUUUGACACUUACUGCCCCAAUAGAACGUGGUAUUGCUCCUAAUUUUGCAAAAGGAAUGAGUGAUGUACGUAUUCCACAAAAUAGUACUGCAACAUUUAAUUGUACAAUUUCUGGAAAACCUUCACCAACUGUAACAUGGUUUAAAGAUGGUAAACAAUUACCAAAUGACGAUAGAUAUAGACAAACUUUGGAAAAUAAUGAAGCAAAAUUAGUUUUAGACAAAGUACUUCCUGUUGAUAGUGGAGUAUAUGAAUGUGUUCUUAAAAAUGUAUCUGGUGAAGCUAGAUGUAAAGCUAGACUUAAUUGUAUUCUUGCUAAAACAGGAAAAGGACAAGAGGCGGGUCCAAGAUUGGAAGCUCCUAAAUUUACAACACAAAUUCAACCUAUUGUUUCAGCAGAAAAUCAAUCAGCUGAAUUUAGAGCUGCAUUUACAGGUUCUCCUGAACCAUCAAUUAGAUGGUUUAGAAAUAAUGAACCAAUUAAGCCAGGAAGAUCAUAUGAAAUUGGAAAUUCAGACAAUGAAGCAUGGCUUAAAUUUAUUUCUGUUCAUCAGGAUGAUGUUGCUGAAUAUAAAUGUGAAGCUGUCAAUCCUGCUGGUAAAGCAACUACAGUUGCUAACUUAGUUCUUAAACCUAAGUAUGGUAAAAUUGCUGCUGUAACAAGAAAUAGUGGAAAAAUUAUUGAAGAAAUUGGAAGUAAUGUUAAAGUUGAAGGUAAAAAAGAAGAAGGAAAAGCUCCAACAUUUACUAAUUCUUUACAACCAAUAAAUGCACGUCAAGGUCAAAAUGCCAAAUUUGUUGCACAAUUUAGUGGAACACCACCUCCAACAGUUAUUUGGAGUCAUAAUAAUAAACAAAUUGAUGAUGGACAAUUAAACUAUAAAAUUACAACAACUGACAAUUCAUCAUCAUUAGAAAUAACAAAAGUUAAUUUUGGAAACAGUGGUACAUACACAUGUAUUAUUCGUAAUCCUUCUGGAGCUAGUUCAGCUGAAACAAAAUUAAAUUUACAAAUGAUUUCAAGCAAUAAAUUUACCAAUAAUCAUUAA